AUGUGGUUAGUUCCCUAUCCAAGAUGGCUCAGUUGUUACAGCGCGAAUUUACUGACCGGAAGGUCCGUGUUUCGAACCCGACCUCUGCUUCUCGACUUCCUCUGUCUGGGCUUGUGCAACCUGGCAAUAUAUGAUCCGUCGUGCUUCUUUCGAGUGGCAUGGUUGGCGACUACUUUCAAACUGGACACAACCGCUUCUUCACGUUUUCAUGAUGGCGGCCCUUGUGACUUCUUUGGCCCAUCGUUUCAGGCUUCAAAUGAAUUAAUGCGCAGAUGGUUGCCGCGGAGAGUUGAAAGCGUGAGUGCUCAAGAGAUGGGUUGCAAACUAAUCGUGUGCAUGGCAGCGGCAUCUAAUGUGACUGGAAUAAUGGUUGAUGUUGAUGCAUUUUCAUGCUUGACUCAUCGAUAUGGUGGUCUUGCCUUCUGGGACUACGCAACUGCCGCACCCUACACAAAAAUUGACAUGAAUCCUGUAAGGACUGGGCCAGAUCGUGACCUAGUGUAUAAGGACGCCGUCUACUUCUCAAUGCACAAGUUCGUCGGCGGCCCACAGACUCCGGGGGUUCUCAUUGCUAAACGACGGCUUUUCAAAGCAGGCGAAGCACAACCAGAUGGAUGCGGUGGUGGAACCGUAUUUUUCGUUCGCCGAGAUGCUCAAGUCUAUCAUCGUGACCUAGUGUAUAAGGACGCCGUCUACUUCUCAAUGCACAAGUUCGUCGGCGGCCCACAGACUCCGGGGGUUCUCAUUGCUAAACGACGGCUUUUCAAAGCAGGCGAAGCACAACCAGAUGGAUGCGGUGGUGGAACCGUAUUUUUCGUUCGCCGAGAUGCUCAAGUCUAUCUGAAGGACGUGGAGGAACGUGAGGAAGGUGGAACUCCGGCAAUUGUGGAAUCUAUUCGAGCAGGUUUAGUGAUGCAAUUGAAGGAGGCAGUAACCUGUGACGCCAUUAUGGAGCGGGAGGAUAUACUGGUUAGACGAAUUUGGGAUCGCCUAGCAGAUUGCCGGAACAUCAUUGUGUUGGGGGGCAAAGAAGCCCCACGAUUACCUAUCAUAUCGGUGGUCGUGCGUCAUCCAUAUCCUUCAGUCGGAACGGCUGGUGGAUCCAAAGCGGAAGGACGGUGUCUGUUUCUGCAUCACAACUUCGUCUCGGCUCUCCUGAACGAUUUGUUUGGGAUCCAGGCACGUGGUGGGUGUGCUUGUGCAGGACCUUAUGCCAUGGAUCUUUUGGGAAUCGAUGAAGCUUUGGCCAAACUGUAUGAGGAAACUCUAGUCGGCUGCCCUCUGGAUGCCUACAAACGCGCAAGACAUUAUGACACUCCCCAACUCGAAGUCAUCAGACCAGGUUUCACGCGUAUCUCUGUACCGUUUUUCGUUCCGGAUGCUGAGGUCGAUUUCAUUUUGGACGCGCUGAAGUUUGUCGCCAACCACGGCUGGAUAUUCUUGCCCCUAUAUCGAUACAUUUCAUCAACAGGAGAAUGGUCCCAUCGUCAGCACGAAAUCAGCCGUGAUCGCAAAUGGCUGGGUAACGUGGACUACUCAGAGGGAAAGAUGUCGUGGUCUUCCGCUCGUAUUACUACUGAAAUGCCGGUUCCAGAAUCCUACGAAGCCUGCCUUAGAGCUGCACAUGAAGAAAUGUGCAGAACCGUCAAACUGGUCGAUUUUUCCACAUCUUUCCCCGUUCCAGACGAUACUAUUGCUUUCGAUGAGUCUAGUCACGAGCUUCGUUGGUUUCUACUCCCCAGUGAGGCAGCUGCUCAGAUCCGCAAUGAAAUCGGUCAACUGUCAACCCCUGUACCGCAUUCCUCACCGUGGCACCCGGGUUCAUUAAGCAAAUGCUUCUGUCCGGAUCUGCAAAAUAACAAACACGAAGCAGCCUUAUUCCGGACCAAAACUUCCUCCUGUUUGAUGGACCCACCAAGUGAAUCAUGCCAUACGGUUAAUGAUCUGGAUAACCCGAAGAAGCAAAUCGACGUUUCCGUGACUAUUCGUCAACUCAUUCGGCCACAUUCCAUUGGCCCGCUUAAUUCGGGGCAUCUGAGGGUGAAAGAUAUUACGGUGAACAGUAUAACCCUCACGCACCAUCAUCGGAAACGAGUUCUGUCAGAAAGUACCACAAAGCGGCCGAACACAAAAAUGGGACUGAAACCAUCAUUGUCUGAAUCAGUCCUUAAUGGAGCGUAUUUAACACGACGGAAUCGGUCGUCGAGUGCUGAACAGCUGAUCUUUGAUUCCUUUGAUGCACCGCCUCAGCUCGCGCUAACGAGGAGCACAGCGAUUUCCUCAUCGACCGAAUAUUUUGAUAUUCGUCAGUCCGUUGACGAGCCGACUCUCAACAACAGUGCAUUGGUUCAAGUCUCCCAUGAUCCACUGAAUGGUGCUUGCAGCGUUGGUCGCAAAGCCAUGAAACACACAGCAGAGUUUGUCGGCCAACAAGAUCUAAGCCGCCUGAAGCCAUCAAAUACCUUAUGGCAAGCACCCCCGAGAGAUCUGUACAAGCUCGUAUUUCGAGCUAUCCGUCAGUUUGACAUGAUCCAUCCGGGUGACCGUGUCCUCGUUUGUCUCUCCGGCGGAAAAGACAGUUUGUCGCUGCUCCAUUGUCUUCACCAGUAUCAGUGCAUGCUUCGAGGUUGUUGGUCGUCAUCCCGUAGUGGACUACCGCCUUCCGCCAUAUUCGAUCUGGGUGCUGUGACUGUUGACCCAGGUACCCCAUCCUACGACCCUAGCCCACUGAUUCCCUAUAUGGCUGAUCUUGGGGUUCCUUAUUUUUACGAAAAACAAGGUAUUAUCCGCCAAGCAAAGGAGCUUCCAUACGAAGUUUCCAGCAUCUGUUCAUUCUGUUCUCGAAUGAAGCGUGGUCGAAUAUACGCCUGCGCUCGACGCAACGGAUACAAUGUCAUUGCGUUGGGUCAACAUUUGGAUGAUGUUGCCGAAAGUUUCCUGAUGUCCUGCUUUCACAAUGGUCUGCUUCUGACCAUGAAAGCUAAUUACCGUGUCAGGCAAGGAGAUCUCCGAGUCAUUCGGCCACUUGUGUUCGUACGCGAAUACCAAACUCGAAAGUUUGCUGAAACGUGUAAGCUGCCAGUGAUACCCGAGAAUUGUCCUGCUUGUUUUGAAGCUCCCAAAGAAAGAUUCCGCAUCAAACGUAUCUUGGCAGAGCAAGAAGUUCUUUUCCCCCGUCUCUUUCAUAACCUUCUGUCAACGAUGAUGCCUCUGAUUGGCGAGAGCAGCACCCGCCCUCGAAAAACCAACUGCACUUCCAGUGUUCGAAACAUACUCACGAAAGCCUUUCAUAACUUUGAAGUAAACACUAAGUCAAAUUAUUCCGAUUGAUUGUUAUGGUCUUUGGGACCAUCUUUCCAUUUUUCUUGAAGAUUAAUAUUUUUUGUCCAGAGGCAGCCAUAUUAUAUCCAUGUUCAUUUCGUCACAAUUUUGUAGCAGAGACAGCUUUUGAUUUUUGUGCCUUCCUUAGCCCUCCGUUUCUCUGAAACCAGCCAACUAGUAGGAACCUUGAGUUUACCUUGUUUUAAUGUGGCUGUGCUAUUCUGUACCCUACGUACACCUAUCUUAUUUGAUCAAAAUGAUGAUAUUAUUUAUCUUGGUCGAUUUAUUUUUACAGUAGAUUGUGUUUUUUGUCGGCA